GCAGCCGCGACAGAGCUGGCGGCGCCGGCGGCGGGUUAUCUUGGCACAGGUUACUGUAGCCCACGUGUGUGAAUUCUGAAGCGCGCUGGACGACAGAAUUACGAGGAAAGGGCCCUGAGCCAUUCUCAACCUAUGAAGACUGUGGAGACAGCCCUGCUGUGAAGAGAACCCUGAGUAACAAUUGUGAAUAGUCUUGCAGCUUUGCUUGUUUUGCAGAGCAUCUGAAAUGAGCCUCUCUUGAUGAUUUUAUUGGCCCCAAGCCAGGAGUACUGUAUUCAUUUGACUUCAGGAUAAGAAGAAAGUCUCGGUUAUCAUCAUAAACAUAUGAACCAGUGUGAUGCUGAAAUGAGAUGAGGCUCCGAAAUGGAACUGUGGCCACUGUUUUAGUAUUUAUCACGUCGUUCCUUACUUUGUCUUGGUAUACUACAUGGCAAAAUGGGAAAGAAAAACUGAUUGCUUAUCAACGAGAAUUUCUUGCUUUGAAAGAACGUCUUCGAAUAGCUGAACACAGAAUCUCACAGCGCUCCUCUGAAUUAAGUGCCAUUGUACAGCAAUUCAGACGUGUAGGAGCAGAAACAAAUGGAAGUAAGGAUGCACUGAAUAAAUUUUCAGAUAAUAACCUAAAGCUAUUAAAGGAGUUAACAAGCAAAAAACCUCUUCAAGUGCCAAGUAUUUAUUAUCAUUUGCCUCAUUUAUUGCAAAAUGAAGGAAGCCUUCAACCUGCUGUGCAGAUUGGUAAUGGAAGAAAAGGAGUUUCAAUAGUAAUGGGAAUUCCCACAGUGAAGCGAGAAGUCAGAUCUUACCUCAUAGAAACUCUUCAUUCCCUUAUUGAUAAUCUGUAUCCUGAAGAGAAGUUGGACUGUGUUAUAGUCGUCUACAUAGGAGAGACAGAUACUGACUAUGUACACAGUGUUGUAGCCAACUUGGAGAAAGAAUUUUCUAAAGAAAUCGAUUCUGGCUUAGUGGAAAUAAUUUCGCCUCCUGAAAGUUAUUAUCCUGACUUGACAAACUUAAAGGAGACAUUUGGAGACUCUAAAGAAAGAGUAAGAUGGAGAACCAAACAAAACCUUGAUUAUUGUUUUCUAAUGAUGUACGCUCAGGAAAAGGGCAUAUAUUACAUUCAGCUUGAAGAUGAUAUUAUUGUCAAACAGAAUUAUUUUAACACUAUAAAGAAUUUUGCGCUUCAGCUGUCUUCUGAGGAAUGGAUGAUAUUAGAGUUCUCCCAGCUGGGCUUCAUUGGUAAAAUGUUUCAAGCACCAGACCUCACUCUGAUUGUAGAAUUCAUAUUUAUGUUCUAUAAGGAGAAGCCCAUUGAUUGGCUUUUGGACCAUAUUCUCUGGGUAAAAGUCUGCAACCCUGAAAAAGAUGCAAAACAUUGUGAUAGACAAAAAGCAAAUCUGCGAAUUCGCUUCCGACCUUCCCUCUUCCAGCAUGUUGGUCUGCAUUCUUCACUGACAGGAAAAAUCCAGAAACUUACGGAUAAAGAUUAUUUGAAACCAUUGCUUCUUAAAAUUCAUGUAAACCCACCUGCAGAAGUAUCUACUUCUCUGAAGGUCUACCAAGGACAUACACUGGAAAAAACAUACAUGGGAGAGGAUUUCUUCUGGGCUAUCACCCCAGUAGCUGGAGAUUAUAUCAUUUUUAAAUUUGAUAAGCCAGUCAAUGUAGAAAGUUAUUUAUUCCACAGUGGCAACCAAGAACAUCCAGGAGAUAUUCUGCUGAACACAACUGUGGAAGUUUUGCCUUUUAAGCAUGACGGUUUGGAGAUAAGCAAAGAGACCAAAGACAAACGAUUAGAAGAUGGUUAUUUCAGAAUAGGAAAAUUUGAGAAUGGUGUUGCAGAAGGAAUGGUGGAUCCCAGUCUAAACCCCAUUUCAGCUUUUCGACUUUCAGUUAUUCAGAAUUCUGCUGUUUGGGCCAUUCUCAAUGAGAUUCAUAUUAAAAAAGUCACCAACUGAUCAUCUCCUAAGAAACCAAUACAUUUUUUUCCUGUGAAGCUGUUAAAGUUCAUUAAGCAUGUACCUUUUUUUUUUUUUUUUAAACUUGAACACUACCUCUUGUGAAAUCUACUGUAGAUAAGAUGAUUGUCAUUUCCACUCGGAAAGUGAAUCUCCCAUGGAUAAUUGUAUUUGUUCGAACCUAAGCUGUCCUCCAAUUUUAACUUGACUCAAACAUUUUACAGCUAUGAUAGCCUGUUAAUAUGACUUGUACUAUUUUGGUAUUAUACUAAUACAUAAGAGUUGUACAUAUUGUUACAUUCCUUAAAUUUGAGAACAAAUAAUGUUAAAUACAUUUUAUGAAGGGGGUACUUUUGAAGUUCAUUUAUUUUACUAUUAUAGACCCUCUUUUAUAGAUUAUCAGGGAUUAUAUAUAUAAAUAUAUAAAUAUAUAAAUAUACAGAAAAUGCUAUGGAGUUAAUUUAUUAGAAAAACUUAAGAAGUACAUAUUUUUGUGCAGUAAAUUUUUGAAUUGAUACUUUUUUCGAAAACCAGUUCCUUGCUUUUUUAAGUUCUUUCUAUAAUUUUCGUUGUAAAUGCAAGCAUUACAAAUUAAUGCCAUUUUUCAAAUGCACUGCCAUUUAAGAAUGAUUCUAGGUUGAUUUCCUAACUGAAGUACUUUUAUACUCACAGUGAUUCUCAACAAAAUAUUUUCAAAGGCAUUUGUCAUUCCGUAAAGCCAAGAUUUUAAAGACCAAUGUCCUUCUUGAGGGUUAUUUUACUAUACUGUGUAUGGUGUAUAGCCACAAAAAAAAAUUGGUCUAAUAAAUUUUAACUUGCAGGGGUGAUGCAUUCAACACAAAUGAUCAUAGACUUAAUGCUUUUCCUCUGAUAUGUAAAAUGACAAACUCUUCUUUGAUUUUAAAUCUCUGUCUUUAAUCCAUGAGUUAGAUGCAUUCUCUCUUUUCUCGUUGAUACUUUUGUAUCUAUUCUAAUGAGUUCAGACAAACUUUUAGAGGUAAUGCUAGUGUAUUGGUUUAAUUGUAAUGGGCUUAAUUUUAAAGAAAAAUUAUAACACUGGUUUUUUGGUGAAAAUAAUUGUAGCAGUUGUAUGUUUAUUCCAAAAUGAUUUAUUCUAUUGCAUUAUGAACUAUAAGCAGCUUACUAGCAUUAUGACUGUGUCCAAAGAGUUUACUAUUCUUAAACAUGCAAUCCCAAAUAUUACUAUCAUAAACAACCUUAGCAAUCAGUGAUCUUUAUGAAGUAUUUCACUUAAAAAAAUACAUGAAUUAUCAACAUAGUUCCCAGCUAGCCUGCUUUGCUGUGCUGAGACCUCAGGUGUUUGGAGGUUCCAUGCCUUUAGCCGGAAGAAUGUCACCCAGUUACGUAGUUUCCUGAACAAAUAGCUUCCAGACAGCCUCGUUUUUUGUGCCAUGUUAGGAAGUGAAAACGGUUGGGGAACACUGACAAAGUACAGUUAUUUCCAUUGCUCCACAUUAAGAUAAUUUUUAACUACUUUUCAUAAUUAAAAAGUUACAUGUUGCCAAUAAUGACUUUAAUGUCCAAGUUCAGUUAAAAGUUUUUACUGGGGUUUUGAAAUUUACUUUUCAUGCUUCUCGGCCUUUUGGCUAAGAUCAAGUGAAAUUUACUUUUCAUUUUGUCCUUUAUUCUCAAAUGUCCUUGGCCCAGUACCUGUGGGAAAAUUUCAUUUGAAAAGAAUAAAAUUCAUUAUAAACAUGCUAAAUUAUUGUUAAAACAACUAAGUACCAGGAGGUAAAAAGCUGGAGUGGGUUUAGAAGUUCCCUUGUUUCCCUGGUCCUAAGUAGCCAACUUGGAUCGCAGGAAGAAAGGCCACGCUCUGAAAGUCUCGGCAGGGCCUAGAUUGUAGCUUCUUACCAUUUACUAGGACUUCUCCAUCUUCAGACCGAGUUGUUAUCUAGCCAGCUUUUUCCUCUUUUCAUUCUUAGUCUCUCCUCCCAGCUCAGCUGUCCAUCCUGAUCCCGAGAAGGCUUUCACCCAAAUUUUGCCCACCUUGAAAUGUCAAGACACUCUUGUGCCCUCCUCCUGUGACUUCAUAUAUUAGCAGUGCCACACAGUGCUGGCACCUGCACAUGGCAGAUGUCCAGGCAUUGUUUGGAUGAGGGGACCAACUCACACACUCCAACCCCACAUUCCAUUCUUCUUCUUAACCCCUUUUACCUACUGCCCUUGCCCCAUAGUUUACACAUGCUCAUCUAUCCAGUUUUUGAUUUAUGGAUCUGUGAAUGUGCAUGUACAUGUGUGCACCUGUAAUCUGACCAAACUUCACCUCCUGAGGGCAAGCCAGUAACUCAGGCUGCACCAGGUGUUCACAUGGUCUCAUCGUUAGCUAGCUGCUCUUUCCUCCUGUUCCCACUAGACUGGUAGAAGCAGCCGUGCUUUCCUUAAGCAAAGUAAUUAUAGCCAUCGCCAUUAGAGCUCUGUUAAGGAGUGAAGUAUUAGGACAGGAGAUUAGAGGUGGCGAAUACCCAGAAUUGAAAGUUAACACAUGACAUUUUGAGAGGCCACUAAACCACUUGUACCAAAAUGGGGAGUGGGAAAGUGUCAAAUGGUGGGAUGAAUCACACGUUCUUAUGGCGUGGCUUGGGCAUUUGCUAUGCAUUGUGUAUCAACUAUUCAGAUACUAGGAUUGUAUUCUCCUAUAUAAUAGCCACUAGACACAUAGUGGCUAUUUAAAUUUACAGUAAUGAUACCUUCAGCUUCUCUGUCAUACUAGCUACAGUUCAAGUGCUCAGUAGCCACGUGACUAGUGGCCACUGGAUUGGAUUUCCAUCAUUGCAGAGAGUUCUGUUGGACACUGUCAAGAUUGCUAAUGUGAAUAUUUUAGAAACAAGAAUAGUGACUUCUAAUAAAGAGGUAUUAAAGACAGAAAUGCAGACUAUAUCAUAAUGCAAAUGAUGAUGAGUGUUUUGGGUGAGAAGAGAAGGGUGAGGAUCUAUUUCUAGGAGUUUAAGAGCCAAGAUUCCUAAGUUCUUCAUUACAAGUCUCAUGCAUUCUCUAUAGCAUGCACCGUACCAUUCGUGUAGUCAAAAAAGAGUAACAGUUUGAGAUAGUGUGUGUGAAAAGCUCUGGAAAAAGUAAAUACAAACGGACUGCCUAGCAUAGAGGCUUUAAAGAGCCGUGUAUAUUAACUCAACCAUUGGAGAUGUCUUUGAACAAAGAUAACUUUUCAAGUCAGUGCCUAUACCACUAAAUAAUUUAGUCACAUUAUUUCAGAAAACUUCAGCAUGUUCUGAAGCUUGUUUUAAACCUGUCAUAAUGGGGAGGGGGGAAGUCCCAUAACACUUCUGUCUUCUAAGUUUGGUUAUAUGGAAACAGCAUGUUUGGAGAGAGUGCUCUAAUUAAUAGCAGUGUGUAUUUGUAAAAGCCGGAAAUCUAAGAAUGACAACCCCCCCGCCCCCCAGUAACCUUGUGUAAUAUCUUAGCCCGUUGAAUAUGGGUGGAAUAUGUGAUUACAAUCCAUUAAUUCUAUUGUUACACAGCCAGAGGAGAUUGUCUGGGGGCAGCUAUUCUAAUCAUGU